AUGAAAGGCGCGGUGCGUUUCACCGACGCUUCAGACACUGGCUGGUGUUUUGAUUGGAUUUCUGCGAGGCCCGCGAUCCCAACCUAUCCUGUCGAAGUUCCAAGUCCAAAAGCCACUAGUGCCACCAAGUCACGGGACAAAGGACCACGUUGGAAAAAGUUACCACCUCUUCGCCGAAAACCUCUGCUCUCCUUUUCUGCAAUCUCCAAGAUGCCUGGACUCGAAAUGUUGACCGACGAUACCAGAAUCCUGGGACAGGAUCCUCUGAUUGCCCCCAAUUUACUCCUUUCUGAGGUGCCCGUCUCCAAGGACUCUCUCAACACCGUCCUCCAAGGUCGCCGUGAGGCCGUCGAGAUCAUUACGGGAAAAAAUGAUCGUUUGCUGGUGAUUUGCGGGCCAUGCAGUCUCCACGACCCAGCCACUGCUGUCGAGUACGCAGGUCGAUUGAAAGCUCUAUCCGACAAACUCUCCGACGACCUCUGCAUUAUAAUGAGAGCAUACCUCGAGAAGCCCCGCACCACUGUCGGAUGGAAGGGAUUGAUCAAUGACCCAGACCUCGAUGAGUCAUUUAGGAUCAACAAGGGACUGCGAAUUAGUCGUCAACUCUUCUGCGACCUCACGAAGAGCGGCAUGCCAAUUGCUACCGAAAUGCUGGACACAAUCUCUCCCCAAUUCCUUGCAGACCUGAUCUCUCUGGGAGCUAUUGGUGCGAGAACCACCGAGUCACAAUUGCACCGAGAGCUUGCGUCUGGCUUGUCUUUCCCAGUCGGUUUCAAGAACGGAACAGAUGGAAGCUUGACAGUCGCCAUUGACGCCAUUGGCUCUGCCGCUGCUAAACAUCACUUCAUGGGUGUCACCAAGCAAGGUUUGGCCGCUAUUACAAGGACCAGUGGCAACGAGCACGGAUUUAUUAUCCUUCGCGGAGGUACCAAGGGCACAAACUUCGAUGCAGAGAAUGUCAGACUCACCAAGGAGACACUGCAAAAGAAGGGCCAAAAGCAAGCUAUCAUGAUCGAUUGCUCGCAUGGUAAUUCCAACAAGGACCACCGAAACCAGCCAAAGGUCGCCGAGGUCGUUGGCGAGCAACUCCGUGCGGGCGAGACCUCCAUCAUCGGUGUCAUGAUUGAGUCGAAUAUUAACGAGGGCAACCAGAAAGUUCCAGCCGAGGGUCCAUCUGGUCUCAAGAAGGGUGUCAGUAUCACAGAUGCGUGCAUCAACUGGGAGUCAACUGUGGAGGUUCUUGAGGGCCUAGCAGCAGCUGUCCGAGACAGACGCAAGGUUACUGCCAAGGGCCAUGCCUAA